CACACUUAUUACGCUGAGGACGCACGAUGGAAGGGGCGCAGCCGCACCCGGGACGGCUGCAUCCACAUCCACAUCUUCAUCUCCUCUCCAACCCCAUCCGCCUGACAAAGCCCUGACAAACUGCAAAACGUUCUUGCGCUCACCUCCAGGCCCACACCGAGAUGAGCGAAUCACGAUCUCAGGACGCCGUUCCAUGCGUCAUACGGUCCAAACCGGCUUGGCGUGAUGUGGGGUAGCCACGCACCAGAUCGCGUCGACAACGCCGGGAUGUGGGCUUUUGAUGCGCCGAACAGCAUUGCCGUAGUGUGAGGUUGCUAGGGUACGUGGGACGGAGCGUUUGUAAGGUCGUCUUAUAUUAGAUGAAAGCCACGCUCGUGCUGUGCAUAGCCAGUCUUGCGUCGAAUGAAACAUUUGUGCGGGGUAUACACACGCGAACAAGCAACUCUAGCGACAACGGCAAGGAACCUUCAAAAUGACGAUUUCAGAGAUACCAGAGUCAAAAUGCGACGUCCUCAUUGUCGGUGCUGGUCCAGCAGGGUUGAUGCUGUCAGCUUGGAUGGCGAGAUGCGGCAUCAAUGCUCGUGUUGUCGAUAAACGUGGCACAAAGAUCUAUUCAGGACAAGCAGAUGGUUUACAGCUCCGCAGUCUGGAGAUCUUUGACAGCUUUGGUUUCGCGGAUAGAGCUUGGAAGGAAGCGAACCACUUGAUAGAGUUCUGCAUGUGGAAUCCCGGCGAAGAUGGUGUGAUACGCCGCUCGGACGGAGUUCCAGAUACACCACCUGGUCUCUCCCGAUUCAAGGAGAUCGUUCUCCACCAGGGACGGAUUGAAAGGUUCUUCCUCGAUCACAUCAAAAAGCACUCCAGGGAUACAUUACGUGUCGAGCGUGCAGUGCUACCGGAGUCGCUUCACAUCGCCGAUGAUCGAGUUGAUGACCACUCGCCCGAUAACUACCCUGUUACAGUCCAACUACGAUAUCUCACGGAAGAUGAGGCCAAACCAGCGCAAAGCAAGGGAUCUGGAGUUAACGAUGGUCUGUUCAGGAGCAAUCUGGCAGAAGACGACACUGAAGACCUUAUCGCCAACAGCCAGCAAAAGCAAGGCAGCACGGAGAUCGUAAAGGCAAAGUAUGUCGUAGGCUGCGACGGUGCUCACAGUUGGACGCGAAAGCAACUAGGCUUUGAGCUCGAAGGCGAGCCUACCGACCACAUCUGGGGCGUCUUGGACAUUAUCCCCAUCACAGACUUCCCGGAUGUUCGCAAGCGUUGUGCUAUCCACAGCGCGUCUUCCGGAUCGAUGAUGAUUAUCCCGCGUGAGAACAAGAUUGCACGCCUGUACAUCCAGCUCACAGAGAUCAAGCCUGAUGCCAGCGGCCGAGCGGACCGGUCGAAGAUCACCCCGGAAACCAUCAUCACGGCGGCACAAAAGAUCAUGGCACCGUAUAAGCUAACGUACGAAUACUGCGACUGGUGGACGGCUUACCAGAUCGGCCAGCGAGUUGGCAAGAAUUUCCACCACAAGAGCCGUGUUUUCCUAGCUGGUGAUGCAGUGCAUACGCACUCUCCGAAAGCAGGCCAGGGUAUGAACGUCUCGAUGCAGGACGGGUACAACUUGGGCUGGAAGCUGGGAUUGGUGGUGAAGGGCAUCGCUCACCCAUCCAUCCUGAAGACCUACCAGUCCGAGCGGAGGCGUAUUGCGCAGGACUUAAUUGCCUUCGACCACAAGUUCUCGCGGCUAUUUUCCGGUCGACCGGCCAAGGACGUCAUGGACGAAGAAGGCGUCAGUAUGGAUGAGUUCAAGAAUGCUUUCCUCAAGGGCCAACUCUUCGCAACCGGCCUCUCAGUCGACUACGGCACGAGCAUGCUAGUCGGCAAGCCGGGCUCCGCCGCCGACCAAGGCGACGGCACAGACGUGUCCUCCUCGUCUCCCGUCAUCGGCAAGCAGGACCUCGCCUCGGAAAUCAAACUCGGCAUGCGCUUCCCCAGCCACCAAGUCAUCAACCAAGCCGACGGCCGCGCCUGGGAGUUCCAACAAAAGCUCAAAAGCGAUGGCCGCUUCCGCAUCAUCGUUUUCGCUGGUAACGUCUCGAACGCACAGCAAAGCGCCCGUUUGAAGACCUUCUGUCAGGCCCUCGAGUCGUCGUCGGUACUGUCGCCGCACCUCGGAAAGAAUAUCGAAGUGCUCACGUUGCACUCGUCCAAGUGGAAGGAAGUAGAGCUGUUACGCGAUUUACCGGAUGUACUGCAUCCGUUUGAUGCGAAGACAGGGUGGGAUUACGAUUCCGUGUAUGCGGAUGAUGCGAAUCCGUUUGAGGGCUUUGGUGAUGCGUAUAAGGGGUAUGGGGUUGAUAGGGAGAGGGGUUGUGUGGUUGUUGCGAGGCCGGAUCAGUAUGUGGGGUACAUUGAUGAGGUUGAUGGGGAGGGAUGUAAGGGCGUUGAGACCUACUUCAAGGGUAUAUUCGUAUCGUAGUCAGCUAUCGAGGAGAUAGGCAAUCGCGAAAGAGAUGACUUUACACAUGUAUGCUCCACGUUUCAAUCUCUCGUGUCAUCACAAGAUACAAGGUAUUCGUAUGUCUGACGGGUCGUUCUUGAAACGUUCUUAUUGGCAUUUGCUCUCUUCGAGAGGCAGUCUUCUAGCGCAGCUAUCUACUUGAUGAUCGCACUGGAAAAUCUGAACUGAGACCGCACACAGACUAGAAAGACUCGCGUGGAACUUCAGUACCGAAUGUAAACUAAUCAUGAC